GGUGAACGCACUGCUCCGUAGCCUACUACUCGCCGCUGAAAACAGACUAUAUGUCGUAAAGGUUUUAAUAAUGGCAGGACCGUUCAGUUUAAGUUAUUCUUGCGCGGCAUGGUUGCCGGUAAACCCAGGUAUUAUACCUGACUCGGCAAACGCGUUUCUCGAGAAUGACGGCUGAUGCAAAAGGAAAACGAUAGCAUACUACCCCGCAUAUCUCUACGGUUCCCGACAACUAUAAAGCGGGUAGACUUUCAGCGCCGCAGCAGACAGAGGUCGUUUGGAACACUACAGUACGAGUGGUGAGCGGUGAGCGCAGGCGAGAUUAUCCCGGUUUUGUGUUUAUUAGUUUUCAUGAUUUAAAUCGAUGUAGGUAAAUAACUGAUGGGAUUUUGAAUUGGUAGGUUUUAUUAGUCUCUCGUGGAAUAAAACCGCACACAGUUCGGCGACAGCCUAUCCUUACUCCGGUAUGGAGUACCGGGACAUGCUUUCUGAAUAAAUCAUGAUGUUAUAGAUGUUCCCGAAGAUGAAAGGCAUUAUCAGAAUCUUCUUAUGCAAUGAAGGGAUUUUCCAUUGUGAAUUGUGUUUUUCCCCCCGCUGGCCUAUCCAGCAGGCAAAAGAGGACACCUACUCUUUCCCACACUCACUGGAAGUUUUUUUUAAAUGACUGAACCAGACCGAGCAGAACCACACCAACCUGUUCAGAGCUGACGUGGACACAUGGACAGUAUGAGAAGGAAAGUAAAAUAACCUAAAUUGGUUCAGGUUAGCAUCCAGUGUGAAAACUGUGGUCUACACCUCAGCAUGAUGGGGGUUAUCAGUCCAUCCAAACCCAAAGACACAAUUAUGCUAUGUUACAUUUACUGUCAGCAUUUCAGGACAGUACCUUUUCAUUUUGUUUGGCAGGCUUGACUUUGGUUUUGUAACACCCUUCACGACAAAGAAGUAAAGCAUGGGUGCAUGUUAACUCUCUUUUCAUGAGACUCAGAACCAUGGGGAGCUCCACGUCCUCCCUCAAUGAGGACCCUGACAGUGAUUAUCAUGAAGCUUGUGGGCGUCGGGGCUCCGACCGGGUACCCUCCCCUGUCAUGGGUUGCCUGAGGAGCAGCCAGAGCACCCCUGUUUGGGGGGCCAGCUUCAUCCCAGCUCUUCAGCUGCAGCGGCCCACUUCUGGCCACCGUGAGCGAAGUUACUCUUCUGGUUCUAUGGGGGUCCGUGGGAGCAGCAGGUGGUCAUGUGCCCGCUGUACCUUCCUGAAUGCCAGUGGCGCAGCUAGGUGUUCUGUCUGCGAAGCUUCGCGCAAGAAACCUGAAUCCCGACGGCUGCUACGUCUGACCAACAGGGAAGAACGUCGUUGGCCUUGUCCUUGCUGCACACUAACCAACCCCCCCAGCAGUCAUGUCUGUUCCCUGUGUGGAGCACUGCAAAACACAGCCCGUCCCCAGGACCCACCCAAACUGCACUCUGAUAUUCCUCUACCUGCACCUUCUUCUGGGUGUGCCGAACCACCAGACCCCUCCCAAGUAAACCCAGAACAGCCCUGUGAAGGCUCACAGCAGCCGCCAAGCCAGAAUCAAGACAUGAUUGGUGGGCUGGGGGGAACUUCCAAGGUAACUGAGCAUGUAGCCUACCAUCAGGGCUGGGAUUGCCAAAGGUGCACCCUUCAGAAUACUGCCGUGUCCGUAUCCUGUUCUGCCUGCGGCGGCCCCCGGAAAGUCCUGCUCCCCAACAUUCCGGUCGAGGCCCUGGUGGUGCCUUCUGUGCACACGGGCACCCUGGCAGGGAACGUGGAACCAACCAAGCACCUGGAAGAUUCUUCGUCAGUCUCUGCCUUCGUUGGGGAAGAUUCCAUGCCUGAGGACAGCCUUCUUCCACCGUCGCUGCAGAAUCGCCCUGUAACGUGCAGUCGCAGAGAGGUCCCACCCCCUCAGAAGACUUUCCUCAGCUCCACGUCGCCACCCUCUGGCUUGCAGCUGUUGGAGCCCGAACAGUCUCUCCUCAGCAGCAGCAGGCGUCUCAGUGUCCUGGAGGAGGAGAUGAUUUCCCCACAGACACCCGUCAUGUCCAGUGCUCCCUCAGCUCACUCAGCCCUUGUUGGAGGAGUGAGAGACAAAGAGGAGGCGAAGAAAGGAGGGAUGGAAAGAUCAAGGGAGAAAGAAUCAUCGAUCCAGUGGGCAUGCCAAGCAUGCACACUUCUCAACGAGGUGAAGGUUAAACACUGCGUUGCCUGCCACACACCCCAGCGCUGCCUGGAGCCGAGCAGGUUGCAGGCCACACCCUUCAGGAGGAAGGAGAGCAUACUGGCCGAGGCCCAACGUCAGAACGACGAGGGAGAAGCCAAGGAACUCUGGGAAAAUAUUGUCCGUUUCUGCAGAGAGAAUGCUGUUACAUUUGUGGAUGAUAGUUUCCCACCUGGUCCGCAGUCUGUGGGGUUCCCAGAUGGGGACGGCGUUCAGCAGCGGGUCAAAAAGUGGCUCCGCCCCCAAGACAUCAACAGCAGCAAUGUUAAAGACAGAGGGCUGAAAUGGUCCGUCUUCCGCAAACUCAGACCAUCUGACAUCCUGCAAGGCCUUCUGGGAAACUGUUGGUUCUUGAGUGCACUGGCUGUACUGGCAGAGCGUCCUGAGCUGGUAGAGAAGGUGAUGGUAACACGGUCGCUGUGCCACCAGGGGGCGUACCAGGUGCUUCUUUGUAAAGACGGGACCUGGACCACCGUGCUGGUAGACGACAUGCUGCCCUGCGACGACACCGGACAUCUGCUUUUCUCUCAGGCUCAAAGGAGGCAGUUGUGGGUUGCUCUGAUCGAAAAGGCACUUGCCAAGCUCCAUGGGUCCUACUUUGCUUUGCAGGCAGGUCGUGCCAUUGAGGGCCUGGCCACACUCACCGGCGCUCCCUGUCUGUCACUGGCCCUCCAGGUCAGUUCCACCAACCCCAGAGAGGAACCCAUCGACACAGAACUCAUCUGGGCCAAGAUGAUUAGCUCCAAAGAGGCAGGGUUUCUGAUGGGUGCGUCCUGUGGGGGCGGGAACAUGAAGGUGGAUGAUGCAGUUUACGAGUCAUUGGGUCUGAGGCCACGGCACGCCUACUCCAUCCUGGAUGUACGGGAUGUGGAAAACUACAGGCUGGUGCAGCUGCGGAACCCCUGGGGCCGGUUUUCUUGGAUGGGCCCCUGGUCGGAUAGUUGGCCCCUUUGGCCCCAAGGCCUUAGGAAGAAUCUCUCUGCCAAGGGAGGAGAGGAUGGCCUCUUUUGGAUGGAGUACUCUGACUUUAUCAGGUACUUUGACUCCGUGGACAUCUGUAAGAUCCAUUCUGACUGGCAAGAAGUGAGAGUAUCAGGCAUUUUCCCUCGAGGAGCCAGUGUACCUGUGACUGUGACCUCUCUCACCAUUUUGGAGAGAACAACUCUGGAGUUUGCUCUGUUCCAGGAGGGGAGCCGGCGUUCUGAUACAGCAGAGAGCCAUCUGCUGGAUCUGUGUGUCCUGGUGUUCCGUGCGGUGUUUGACAGUGGUAGUGUUCUGGUGCUGGGCAAGCUAAUAGCCCACAGCAGGCGCUCCGUCAGGAGAUUUGUGGGCUGUGACGUGAUGCUGGAGCCUGGGGAGUACGCCGUACUCUGCUGUGCCUUCAAUCAUUGGGAGAAUUUAGAGGCUAAGGCUCACCAAACAGAGUCUAGCUGUAGUCGGAGGCUCCCUGGUUACACCCUCGCUAUCUACAGCUCCCGACAAGUAGUGGUGGAACCUGUCAAAGCUUCAGCCAACACCAUAGCAGAUGCCAUAAUCCUGCUGACUGAAACACGCGGGGAGAGACAUGAGGGCCGGGAAGGCAUGACAUGUUACUACCUCACCCAUGGUUGGGCUGGUCUCUUGGUGGUUGUGGAGAACCGUCACCCCAGGUACCACCUCCACGUGUCAUGUGACUGUAGUGACAGCUUCAAUGUGGUGUCCACGCGCGGGUGCCUCAAGACCAUCGACAGCAUCCCUCCCCUUCAUAGACAGGUGCUGGUGGUUUUAUCUCAGUUGGAGGGCAACGCCGGAUUCUCCAUCACACACAGACUGGCCCACAGGAAGGCAGUCCAUGCCUUGCUGGGUGACUGGACCCCUAACAAGGCUACUCACAGCCCCCCACUCACCCACCACACGGCAGGCCUCCACCGACCUCGACCACUUUGACCAAGGACUCUACACUCUAGACCAGAGGUCUCAAACCGGUUCCACGGAGGGCCGAGUGUCUGCAGGUUUUCAC